AACCAAUGGGGGGCGAGCUCCGACUGACAGCUGCCCAAUGGCAACCUCCGUCUCUCCGCGGCCCGCGGCGCGGGGGGCGGGCAUCUCCCCGCCGCCGCCUGAGGAAUGUCAACUAUUCAACAUGGAGACGGCGCUCGCCAGGCUCGAGACCAUGUUCCAGAAGGCAGAAUCUGAUCUGGAUUAUAUUCAACACAGACUGGAGUUUGAAAUAAUGAAAAGUCUUCCUGAUAAUCCGUCAGCAGAGGAAAACCCGGUUACUCUCUUAGAAGAACUCUCAGUGGUGAAAUCUCGUUAUAAAACAUUAUGUAUGCAGCUGGAAAAAGUUUCCUUAGAGCAAAGAGAAUCCAUGAACGGCAUCCAUGCUGCCCUAGAGAACACAAUGAAGAUGGUUCAGACACUACAGCAACAUACGAAUCUUCAGCGCUUACCCCUGUCAGAAGAAGAACAGGCUGCAGCACAGCAGUUAACCUGUCAGACUGUUAAAGAAAUGGAAUCGCUAGUGGAAGAGCCAUUUUGUUCAGGGUCUGUAGUUCCCAGCUCAACUGAAGAGUCACAAUUCAAACCGUUGACUGAGGAAAUGCUUAUGUCUGUACCAAGAAGUAUCAGAAGCACUGUUAAACUAGCAGACGUGAACAAUUUGUACAGGGAGCUAUUUAACCACUUCGUUGUAAAUAAGAACAGCGCCGCACUGAGUGUUCUGCAGAUGAACAAGAUGAAUAUGAAAGCCACUGACUCAAGAAUACGAAUCUUAAAAGAACUUGGUAUUGUGGAACUUGACAAACAAGGAAAUGUUAAAUUAGUUGCAUAAAUGAACACUCAGUCCGUUCUCAUUUGACACACAAGCAUCUUCGUCAUAGCUCUUCAAUUAUUAGCAAGCAAGUAUUUUUUUUGGUGUCUGAGUUAAAAGAACACUGUUGCAAAGUUGGUCAUGUAUUCGUAUAGAAAUGCUAUUUCUAGCACUUAAAAGCUGCAGAAUGAAAAAACGUUGAGGUUGGUAUUUGAUCUCAGAUAUUUAUAGGAUAACAGACGAUGCAUUUUUGAACAGUGUUGUUAACCACGUGACGUUUCCAUAUUCUUGCUUGCAUUCCUGAGCGGGGUUUUUAAGGCAAAUAACCCAAGCCACUUAAUUGUACUUACAUUCCUGAAUAAAAUGAAAGUCAAGGCAACGAG